AAUGAGCCAAUGAGACAACCUUUACAUUACACUGACAGCCUGGCUCGGCGAGUCUGGUGACGCCGCUCUGGUUUGACAACCACCGCGCAGCCAAUGCGGAUCCACGUCGAGCACGAACGGAGGGAAGCAACAAAAUACAAAUUUCCUUCCUGCAGGUCAAAGCGUUACCUGCCCGCUGCUGUGUGUUUCAGGUAAAAGGAAGCGGGAGACGCGGUGAUGGCCCUGUCUCAGUGCCUGGACGACUCACCUCUGAGGUUUGGUCCAAAACCUCGCGGGACAGACGAGCUGAACCUACAGGAAGUGUACAAUGAGAGGCACCGGCUGGCUCUGGAGGAGCUGCUGUCCGGGGGUCUUGAUAACUUUCUGGACUUUCUCGUGAGAGAGAGGAUUCCCAACUUUCUGUCGGACGAUGAGAUCCAACAGAUCAGGAGCGCCGCCGUGCCACCGCGGUGCUCGUCUUUCCACGGGGAGGAACAGGCGCUCGAGCAGUCGCUCAGUAGCACCCUCGACUGCUCCUCGGUUACUUAUUUCCCAGAGGUGUCAGACGUGGAGCCGCCGCUCCUGGAGCUCGGAUGGCCCGCCUUCACAGCGGGCUCCUACCGGGGAGUGACGCGGGCCGUGGCGCACUUCCAGCCCAGCUACGGCGAAUGCAUUUACAGCUGCAAGGAGGCUGCAAGGCGCAUGAUUAAAAGUGCCAGAGAGGUGAUUGCCAUAGUUACAGACUCCCUGACAGACCUGGAUAUCUUUAAGGACCUUCAGGAGGCCUGCUCCCAGCGCAGAGUCCCUGUCUACAUCCUGCUGGACCAGUCGUGCGCGCCCGCUUUCCUCAAGAUGUGCAAAAAUGUCAACGUUCGCCUGGAUGACCUUCGGCAAAUGAGGGUGCGAACUAUAACCGGCACAACUUAUUACAUGAGAUCCGGAGCGAGGAUUACGGGUAAAGUUCACGAGAGGUUCAUGCUGGUUGAUGGAAACAGAGUGGCUACAGGUUCGUACAGGUUCAACUGGACUGAUGGCAAACUAAACAGCAGCAACCUGAUUGAGCUUUCUGGUCAGAUAACGGAGAAAUUUGACGAGGAGUUUCGUAUCCUAUAUGCCCAGUCUCUACCCAUAAACACUCACGGACCUCCAAGUGUCCGCAACAGCGGCAUCUUUGAGCACCUCAAACACUCAGUUGCUUCCUCCCCUCACCUGCGUAGUGAGAGGCCAGCGUGUCUGACAAGCACGCCCAGCCGUAAGCCACAAACGCUAGCACUGCAGCUACCUUGUGACCCCGCAUCUCCACAUAAAGCCAGCCCGGAGUCUGACACUUCGACUCUAAACGACGACUGGAUGGAGCGGCAGCACGUUCAGGAGGAGAUCCUUGCUGGCAGCACGACUCCGCAUUUCUCUGCAGAGCAGCAGGCGGAAAAAGAGACAGAGACCCCCAGCACCUGCCACGUGUCGACUCAGACGAAGCGGUCGGUGACGGAGGCUGAAAGCCAGACCGACCUGCAGCUCCCACAGCAUCUCAGCAUCAUUACUCAAAUAAGCACAGGGCCGAGCCAGGACACCUCUCCCCACUUGGUGUCUUCCAGACAGCCCGUGCCCACCCAGGCAGCUCCAGACACCACUUUAAAGGACUGCUUCCGCAAGCUGACCAAAGAGCGCCAGCACCACUACACAACCAUCCGCUCCAAGCUGGAACACAUGGUGACCGCCCUGUCCGAGAGGCGGGAGCUGGUGGACGUCACCAACGUGACUCAGGGGCUUGGCGCUCGUGGCAGUCAGAGGAUACACAAAGACUGUGUGCAGGAACCCAAUCCCAGAAUGCCUGCUGACAGUGCGGGCACGGGAACAUGGCCAAGAGCCAGAUGUGUACACUAGUUUGUCUUCGGGGAUUUUAGUAGUGGUGGGUAGUGGAGGGAAAUGUUACAAAGUUUCUCUGUUCUAAAUAAAUCAUGUUGGCUUAUGUAGGAGAAUUUCAGCUUUAUUCUCUUUGUCUAAUUUUCAGUGCCCACUUUUUUCUCUUUCUUUUCAUCCUUUGUCCUUCACAUGUUGAAACAAUCCUUUCCAAAGAGGUAACAGACCUGCAACUGACAUCCACGUUGCAGAAAUUCUAACCAAAGACAACGUAAUAAGCAUGUCUUACUGUGAACAUUGUAACACUAAGCUGGUUAAAAUGGAGUCAUAUCUGCUGAAGUGUGAGAGAAAACGAAUCUAAGCACUGUUUUUGUUUUUUUGUUUUUUGGGGGGGGGGUUUUGUUUUUUAAACUCAAAUUUGUCUGCUGUAGUUACAUUGGAACAUGAUCCCGAGGAGCAGCUGUGCCUUGCAGAUAAAUAAAGUAGUAUUUUGCUGUA